AUGAGCGAAAAUAACCAAGAGCAAUCACAAGAUUAUCAACCAGAAAAACCAGAUAUGUAUACUCCAGAGAUCAUCAAAAACAGACUUACAAAUCUCUUGACGCCUUAUAAAGAGUAUAUCGAUCAAUUUCAAUUAGCUUUAUACUUAAAAAAUAUCAAACUUUAUCUUAUCAUUAUGGGAUCUAUAUUAUCUGUAUUCUUGCUUUAUGUAAUAUUGUAUUUUCUUUACAUUCCGCCAACAAUUUUAGCAAUAAUUUCAAUUCCAUUGUUUCAAUUAAUCUUUGUUUUUGAUUUAAACAAUAAAAUCAAAGAUUAUUUUCUUACAGAAAUACCAGAAACUGCUGAAGAUGCUCCAGAUCGAAUUAGACCAAUUGCAGAAAUUGUUCAUUACGCAUGGAUACCUGCUCGCUAUGUAUAUAUGUUUUUCGAUAUCUCUUAUCGCGCAAUAUUCACUCCUAACAAAAUUGACACCCUUGAAUUUAUUGUUUCAAUUUUAUUGCUUGGAUUUAUUAAUAGAAUAUUGAAUAUUUUUGUUCUCAUUACAGUAACAUUAGUAGUGUGUCUUGUAAUCCCACCAGUUCUUAUUCAUACUCCAGCCGGAAAGAAAAUUAAAAAGUUUGUAUCAGAAAAGAAGAAACCAAAGACUGUUAUUCCAACCUAUUAA